AUGGCCGAUAUCAAUGGAUCUCAAGGCCCGGUAGUCGAAGGUGUCUGUGUGGCAUUUGCCAUCUUGACCUUUAUUGUUUUGGCUCUUCGUCUCUUUUCACGUAUUUGUGUCUUGGGUCAAAUGGGUCUUGAUGAUUAUCUCAUUAUUGGCGCUUGCAUACUGUCGUGGUCAUUUAUUGCGGUCACGAUUGUCGCGGUCAAAUAUGGACUUGGAAAACACAUUGUGGAUGUCGACCCGACUAAGCUCGUCGACUAUGCUUUUGUCGUCUGGUUGAGUUCGAUGUUCUAUCUUGCAACACUUGGAUUCAUCAAAACUUCCGUCCUAUGGUUCUAUACUCGCCUCGGAGAUCGCUAUCUCACUCGUCUAUCCUGGAUUAUGAUGGGAGUUAUUGUAGCACAGGCAACCUCAUUUGUUCUCGUUGCUGCAUUCCAGUGUCGACCCAUUAGCAUGGCCUGGACUGGCACUGGACCCGGGAAAUGCGUCACCAUCAACCUGUUCUACCUGUGCAACGCUGCCUUGAACAUUGUCACCGAUAUAUUGACUUAUACCUUACCCAUCAAGGUAAUCUUCGGUCUGCAGAUGCCUCGGAAACAGAAGCUUAUUCUGGCCUUUAUCCUCUGUCUUGGUCUUUUCGCUUGUGUCUCCUCGAUCAUCCGAAUCACCUACAUCCCUACCAUGCUUACCUCAAAAGACUCCACCUACGCCAUCAGCGGUGCCAUGUACUGGUCGGUUAUCGAAACCAACGUCGGUAUCUUCGCUGCCUCGAUCCCAUCAUUCAAAGCAAUUGCCUCCCGCUUCGUGCCCCGCUUCAUUGGCGAAUAUAACAGCGGGAAGAAAUACGGCGCCUGGUCAAGCAACAACGCUUCCCCGCGGUAUCCAUCAGGAUUUGGCAAGGUGACGGAUCCCAACAGCCUCACUAUGGACACAAUCCACUGCAAGGAGGAUGGUACCAUGGGUAUCAAAAUUGGCGCCACCAGCAACUCCAGCGAGGAACGCAUUAUCCCCCAAGGCAAGAUCUUCACCCACACGGAGAUCGAGACUACAUUUGAAAGAAAUGAUCGUGCAAGUUCAUCAUCUCUCGAGCGGGCUCGUCAGUGA